AUGUCUGAUGAAGGUUUAUCCCAAUCAAGUUUCGAUCCCACCCAACGUCUCUCCUUUAAAGAUAUCUGCAAAGCCGAUGGUUUAAAGUAUGAUAAGAAAAAGCAGAGUGUAAACAUUCACUUAGUCUACGAGGCCCUACAACACGUUCAUUCUACAAGUAUUGACUUGGUUUUCCAUUCACAGCCGUCUACUGUCCCUUCUUCUGGUAUCCGGAGAUCAACCGUCUACACGCGGGUGGGAAUACAACAAACAUUCAUCAUCUUCGGGCUGCCCCUUUUGAUGAGGGAACAAUCCAAGGAAUCUACGGAGUUCAUGAAGAUAUUUGGAUCCGACAGUUGGGUUUCCAAUCCCAACCACCAUGCGAAGACUUCACAAACCAUCUCUCACUGGUAUUUGGAGAUCAGAAAGUAG